AUGAGCUACCGUUCAACUGCUCUCGUCUUCAUUCUCUCCCUUCUGGCCGUUCUCGUUAUCAACUCAAUGGCCGACAGUAAUUCUACUGUCAAUGGAAGUGCAUCAGCUGGAAUUCCAACCAUGCCACCAGUAUUGGAGACAGAUCCUCCUGUAGUCAGCGAUGCUACCGCCGGUCCAGCAGAUGCCGCCAACGGUGGUUCUGGAGCAACUUUGUCUGCUAUCGGUGCUCUUGCCACUCUUCUGCUUGCCAACUUCUUCUAA